CGUAGUUAGUAAGGAAAGAGAUAUAAAUAUAGAGAUACAAAACUGAUAUAGUGUGAACAAUUGGUUUGGACUAAUCACGUUUCUUUAUUAUCGCAAGUAUUACAACCAGAUUAAUUUUUCAGAUAAUCAUAAUUCGGAUAUACACAAGGAUGAGUUUUCUGAUCAGACUGGUAUUCCUCCUUUUGAAAAUUCCUUAUCGCAUAUGCGAGAGUGCAUACGGCGCGCUUAGCAGCUUCUUCGUUUCAAAGAAAUCUGUGAGUGACGAGAUUGUCUUGGUCACCGGUGCUGGUCACGGUAUAGGAAGGGAGUUGACGCUUCAAUACGCACACCUGGGUGCAACGGUUGUGUGCUUGGACAUAAACCAGCAAACAAAUGAAAAUGUCGCCGAGGAAGCUACAAAAGCUACAGGAAGGCCAGUGUAUGCAUAUCGGUGCGAUAUAACCGAUAACGCACAAGUCCUCGAAGUAGCCCAACAAAUAAGGAAAGAAGUGGGCGAAGUAACUGUCUUAAUUAACAAUGCCGGCAUAAUGAACUGUCGUUUUUUCAUGGAUUUAACAAUCGAUCAGAUCAAAAGUGAAUUCAACGUCAAUAUAUUGUCACAUUUCUGGAUGGUGCAAGCCUUUUUACCCGACAUGAUCAAAAAUAACCACGGUCAUGUCGUUGCAAUAUCGUCGAUAGCGGGACUCGUAGGAUUCCCCAAUUUGACCGCUUAUUCCGCCACAAAAUCCGCAAUCAGAGGUUUUAUGACUGCGCUUAGGGAAGAGUUACGUAUAACUACAGAAGGAAAAUCUUUAAUUAAAUUUACUACAAUCUUUCCUAAUAUUGUAGAUACCGGACUCUGUAAAAAGCUGAGAUUAACAAAUCCAAUAGUGUCAUUAGUUCCUCCAGAAAAGGCGGCCGCAGAAAUAAUUAGCGCGCAGCGACGAGAUAUAACAGAAAGAUCUAUACCUUCAUAUUGGCUACCACUUAUCAAUAUAGUACAUGCUACCUCCAAAAAUAUGCAAGAGGAUGUCAGAGACUUCAUAGAUUGCGCUGUUGAACCAGAAAACUGAGACAUAUUUUGCUGGAUUCAUUUUGGAAAAUUCUUGGGGAAAAGAUAAACCUACUAAUACGUAAUUAAUAUUUUCUUUCGUCAUACAUUUUUGUUAACGGCCUUAAUAAU